AACAAAAUGGCAACCGCCGAGAAAGUUGAACAAGAACCACCACCUCUGCCGCUGGAGAUCAUCCGCGAGAUUCUUGCCUGGCUGCCGGUGAAGUCCAUAGGCCGAUUCAGGUGUGUCAAAAAGUCUUGGAAUUCUCUAACCCACGACCCUAACUUUAUCAAGUUGCACUACGACAAGGCCACUGAACAUGAGGAUGUGUUAUACCAAAGAAGAAGAGUCUUCCUUAGUGAUAUGUGGAUGCUUUACUUUGUUAAUCUUGAUGAGUCUCUCAGUCGUGUUAACCUUGAUGAUAAUUCUAGGAAUCGUGUUGUAGUAGACAAAACACGUGUUCAAGAUUUCAUGGGUUUGGCGAUUCAUAGCAAAGGCUUGUUGUUUAUGCGGUCUUGUUACCGUGAGUUUAGUUUGUUUAACCCUGCAAUCAACCAGACCAAGAAUCUGCCUUGCCCACCAACGUAUGAUAUGUGGACUGAUGAAGUUUGCGGGUUUGGAUUCGAUGUGUCUACGCUGGAUUACAAGGUGGUUCAUGGACAUUUCUGUGGAGAUGAACUUAGGUUUAGUGUUUAUUCAUUGAAAACCGGUUCUUGGCGUGUCAUUGGAAGUCUAUAUCCUUACAAACGUCGGACACAGGGUAUGGAGGGGAGAGUGGUGAAUGGAGGUGUUCAUUGGUUGGUUCGCAGUGUAUCAUCAUCCAUGGUUAUCAUAUCUUUUGUUUUAGCAGAGGAGGAUGUUCGUGAGAUUCCAAUGCCGCCGGGUUUUAAUGUUGUUGAAGGUGAAGAAGACUACUAUCUCAGUGUUUUUGAGGGAUGCCUAUGUGUGGGUAAGAAGGAUGCCUUGGUAUUUUGGGUGAUGAAAGAAUACGGAGUGGCCAAAUCCUGGACUAGAAUAAGCAUCACUGUGCCCUUUUCUGAAGGAUUACUUUCCGGCUUUGUGAAGAAAAGUCGUCAUCUGUUACUGCUUGAAGAUCAAAUGCAACCGCAGUUGGCUAUGUACAAUUUUACUAAAAAGAGCUUUCACAAUCUUUCAAUUCGUGGAGUUCGUGAACCUUGUUCUGCUGGGUUCUACCUGGAGAGCCUUGUGUCACCCAAUAACUAUUAAGCGUGACAGCUGCAGAUGCAGAGGGAAUAGGAGCAAGUAAGUUUCCAUCAGAGGACAUGAUCGCUUUAACAGUAGUGACGCACAAGAAUUUGCUUGUUUAGCUGUAGUGAUGUGCAUGGCUUUUCUAAUGUUCUGGUUCAAGUUCAGGUGCACCUGACCUUUAGUUGUCAUCUUUUGGUGAUUAUAUAGCUAGUUUUGCUUUUAAGAACAAUUUCUCUAAUUUGGUUGCUAAGUGCUACUUCAAGUACUAGUUUAGUUUAGUAUUGAACCUUUAUGUAAUUGGUAAGUGCUUGUAUUGCUGUUACAUUUAGCAUUACCAAUAGUAUUUUGGAAGUUUCUUUCAAUGUCUAUAUGCCCCUGGUUUAGUUCUUUGUUUA